UAAGAUUCCAGGUCCUAAAGUCUCUCAUUUAACAAAAUUUUACAUUGGUGUGAAGCAAAUUAAUGGACAAAGAUGGAAAUGGUUACAAAAUGAAAUCGUUCCAAAAUACGGAAAAAUAGUUCGUAUUUCUCCGGACGCUGUAGUAUUCUCUGACAAAGAUAUCGUUAAACAGUUUUUAGUGACAAACGAAUUACCGAAAAAUAAAAAUUAUGAACGUUUGCGCAUUGAUGAGAAAUACUCAACCUUAUUCACAGCCAGAGAUAAAGAAAUUCAUAAACGAAGGAGACGUGUCCUAUCGCCAGCAUUUUCGAUAAAGCAUCUAUCAUCCUUAGAACCGUUUAUGCACACUUGUAUUAAUGAUUUAAUCGCAAAAAUUAAUGGUGAAAUUUCUAAGGGUGGUGGCAAGGCUGAUAUAAAUAUUCAUUUGUUGAUUCAGUAUAAUGCAUUGGACAUUAUUGGCGAGACUUUAUUUGGAGGAUCAUUUAAAUUGGUAACAACUGGAAAUCAUCCUAUGCCGACUAAAGUGUUUAGUGAACUAAAAAGGAGAGUUCUGAGAAGCCUAUUUCCAUUUUUCAAACCAUUCUUGAAGCAGGAUCCUUAUCUUAUCGAUUUCACCAACAAAAUAUUAAAGCAACGUCGACAAGAAUCAUCGCAAAAAAAGGAUUUGUUACAAAUGAUGUUGGAUACUAAAAAACAUGAAGAUGGUUUAACUGAUUUUGAAAUAUAUGAUCAAAGUAUUGAAUUCUUAAUUGCGGGGAGCGACACAACAAGCUUCACGGCAACAAUGAUAAUGAUAUUGUUAGUCAAACAUCCUAAAAUAUUGGAGAAAUUGGUUAAAGAAAUCGAUGAGGCUUUAGUAGGAAUUGGUCAUGAAGAAGUUCCAACCCAUGACAAAAUAAAACAUCUACCUUACUUAAAUGGGGUUAUUAAUGAAGGGCUUAGGCUCUUCCCUACUAGUAGAGAUUUCGGCCCGGGUAAAGAGGCUACAGAGGAUUUAAUUCUUGGUGGAUAUUUCAUUCCAAAAGGGACAAUAGUGAUAACGAAUACGUUGGCGCUUCAUUUAUCAAAAGAAUAUUGGGGCGAAAACUCUGAAGAAUUCGUACCAGAACGAUGGUUGGAACCUGAAAAAUUGACAUCUGAUUGUUUUAUUCCGUUUUCAGCUG